CUUAAUAACUUGCGUGAAUUCUACGAGUAACCAUACUUUUGACCUACAGUAUCAAAUUUUCGGACAGCCUUCGCCCAAUAACUCAACAUAUCAGACAGCAAUCCCACAGACUCCUUUCGAAGAAAUGGCCAUCACCAGAGUAAAACUUCCACCUCUCUUACGCGCCGCCACCGCACUCCACCCUCCCCACUACCAUCACAACUCUCUGACAUCCUUUCUCCGCUCUCACCCUCCCAACAUCCUUAUUCCAAACCCCCACUUGUUCUCCACCUUCCUUUGCCGCCGCGUCUGUCCACGCGCCGCCGCGUAUCCCAACCCUUUAACCCUCAGCAUUUCAAAUCACCACUUGGUCUCCCGGAGCCUGCACACACGCGCCACCGUUCUUCACAAGCGUCGAAGAACUGACAACAUCUUGCGUUACGCCUUAACUUUCGGUUGCAUUGCAACAGCAGGAGGGCUAAUCCUCUUGUACAAAAAUCGAGAAAAACCAAUAAUGUUCGCAACCUUAACUCAUAAACUGGAGUUCAGAUUUCACUGCUUACUACCAAAUGUGUACCGUAAGGGCCACUGCGUAGUCGUUGAGCUUCUGGCUCGACCUUGUGAUAAAACUGUCGGAGCCAAUGGCCCUUGGAAAUUCUUUAUCUCAGCUACCGAGGUGUUAGAUCAGCGUCAUCAUGCUGCCACCGCUUUUCAAAGGAAUCACACAAUUCUUACGGUGAAUAAAAAUUAUUCUCAGGACAGCGAUAUAAUUAUCGCAGCAACUAAUCGGGGCACAAAUUUGAGCGGUGAUUUCUUUACCCCUGCCGAUGAUUUGUUGAAGUCUAAGCCUAAAUCGAUUGUGUUCGAGUUAGACUCAGGAUAUAAUUCCACAACUGCUCAAUUUAUUUUAUCUACAUUCGAUAAGUUCGAAGACUUGCCAAAGUUGCUGGGAGAAGGACACUCGGUUUUUAUUCUGGGUUUUACCAACCUACCUUUGGGUUGGACUAAUGAUGACGACUGUAUUGAUAUCAUUAACAAAAUGAGCUCAGAUGAUGAUAGGUAUAAAAUUGUGACGGGCAAAAGCAAAAAUGAAAAAGUGGAAUAUAUCUUCCUAGCUGAGGCGAUAAAGAAGGACGAUGAGAGGUAUAUAUCACGGGAAGCUCCUGCUGCAAUCCGGCGGAAUCCGGCGGAGUAACAAAAUGGCCGUGGCAGACAAGAAUGGGUAUCAAAUAUAUUGUAGUAUUUCUUAAGAAACUCUGAUAAUGUUACAUUCCUCGAAUCUUUGCAGUUAUCUUGUUCCUGUUCUCUAA